AGGUGGAGAGCCCUCCGAACCCGAUAUUGAUAGCCCUUCAAACAGCCUGGAAUUGGAUCACUCUCCCCGGAGACAAAAUGAGAUUAAGAAAUAAAAAUCAUCUUAGCCAGUGGUACAGAAGCGGGGACUGUGUGGCGACAGCAGUGAGGGAUCCCUGCACUAGGCCGAGUGGUGGCGAUGAUGAAGUCAGCUGAGUAACUAUAACGAUCAUCGUAAUUCACCAUUGGCAGCGGCGGGAGAUGGUGUCGCCGAUAGAGACGGCAGGUUAAUGACGUUGGUUUGCCCACUGUGGAUCAGUUACUCAACUUUUACUCAGGUACGAGAGUGUGUGUGUGUAUUCAGGAGUAUUGGAGACAGUUGUAGCAGAAGCUUGGAAGAUGUGUUUUUUUUAAUUAUGGAUUAAUGGAAGAUGCUAAUUAAUUUGAUAAUUAAUUGCAAAUUGGUUAGAAACUACGUGUGUUAUUUAACAUUUUACAAUUAAAGAUCUCUGAAAUCUGUUCAAUGUGCUCUAGUGGUGUCGUUAAACAAAACAAACUGAAAUCUGCAUAGUGAUUUGAAAUGUGUUACUGAACUGUAAAUCUUCUAUGAAAAGUGUGUGGUUGUGUCAGGAAAAGUUUAAGGAAUGACUUUCAUGGAAUAAAAAAAAAGACAGUCGUCUAAGAGUGUAACUGUUAGCAAAACUUCUAUGGGAUAAUGGUUUGUGACUUUUUUAUCUAAAAUUUUUAAAACAACCUAUUUAAAUUCUGUGUAUUGUCAAAGAUGGAUUUGAAGAUCUGCUACUGAAAUUACGGAGAUCACAAACAAUCAACAGAGAGAAAACCAGACAAGAAAACUUGCUGAUGAAAGCUGACAACAACAAAGACGAUCCUGGGAAAAAACAAAAAAGAAAUGUUCUGUUUUCUUAUCACAUGACAUCAUGUCAUGGACCAGUCAAAUUACUCCACUUUGAGACGCUAACAAGUCCAUCUAUUUCAAUUUGAAAAACUAAUUAAACAAGCUGCCCGACAAGAUGUAUGGAUGAAACCGACACCAGCAACCUAUAUGUUAAAAAGUAAAGUACAGAAGUCUAAAAGGAUGUAAAACAAAUGAGGCUGUCUGUAAGGGCACACAUAGGUCUAUAAGGCGAUCCGGUCUAAUUGACACUGAUACAUGUACAUGCAACAUGAAGAAUACAUGUUCUUCAACAUUGCAAAAAUAUUGUGUUACCAGCCUGAGCCACAAAGUUAAUUACGAUACCUGGGUUAAUUAAUAAAAUAACAAACACUGUUACGAGAUUAAUCAUUAAAUUACGCAACAAUAUAUAUAUAAAUAUAUAAUAUAUAUUAAAAAAAUUUAAAGCCACACUCAAGAAUAAAAAUAGAAAGCUACUGCGAAGAAGAGAAAAAAAUAAAAAAUAAAACUCCACAGGUUAAAUGUUCAUGUGUAUGUGUAGUAAUCUACUGGAUGCCACACAAAAACUGUGCUUUAAUUUGGAACUUCAAACUCCAACAUAACAAACUGUGUUGAACUGCUGGUUAUUACACACAGAUCUAUAUCUGACAUUCUUAGCCACUCGGAACCCAUGCUGCUGCAACAAUGAUUGAUUUGCAAUGCUAAAAUACAUACAAUGAACUAACCAAUGUUAAAAUGACUUGAGGACAAACAACAAAUUUGUUUUGAAAAUAUUCAGUGGAUUUUGUAAAAUUGAAAUGAUGCAUGGCUUAUAAAGCUAACAAAGAAGUUUAUCAAUUCUGAACCAAAUAAAAAUUACAUGGAAGAAAAAGGGCGAGAGUACGUAAUAGGUUAUUGCAAUUAAAGAAGUUACCGUGAACAUUUCUUCAAAGAAAAAACAAAAAGUUCUCUGUUAGCAUUCAUUUUCGAACUGCCCCCCACCCCCCAAAAAUAAUAAUAAUUUUUUUUAAAAUACUAAAAAAAAAAAAAAAAAAAAAAAAUAAUAAUAAAAAAAAUAAUAAGAAGAAAAUAAAAUAAAAUAAAAUAAAUAAAUAAAUGAAAAUAAUAAAACCAAAAACAGCAUAAAAAUGUGGCAGAUUUUCAUCUGUAAAUGUUUCAUCUAACAAAAAGGAAAACAAUUUUCAAGACUGCUAACAACAAAAAAAGAUAUAAUUUUAUUUUUUUAAUUCUUUUUUUCUUCAAAUAAUAAAACCUGUCACUACAUUUAAAUCUGGCAAAUUUUCAUCUCCGUCAAUUAUGCUUACUGAGAACUCGGCCAACAACGUGACUCUCCUUGUGGACUUUCCAAACGAGAGCGAGGUGUACUACAUCAUGGAGGUGUGGUACUACGUCCACGGGAUCUGCGGCACCAGUGUGGCCCUGUUUGGCCUCAUCGGCAACACCAUCGCCAUAUUCGUGUUGUCGGGGAAACGGAUGCGUUCCUCGACAACCCUGUUUCUCAUCGUGCUGGCGAUAUUCGACAACGUGUUGCUGCUCUUCGUGAUUCUCCUCCAGACGCUGCCGAUAAUCUGUCAGCACGACGACAUCCUCAUCGACUACAUGUUCGUGCGCGAGAUGGCCUACAUGUUGCUGUACCCCGUCGUGCACAUCUGCCACACGGGGACCAUCUACACCACCAUUGCCGUCACGGGCGAGCGAUGCAUCGCGAUAGUCAAACCGCUGGGCGCACGCUCCAUCUGUACCCGGUCGCGCGCUGGGAAGAUUGUCAUCGGCAUCAUGGUGUGGUCGAUCUUCUACAACAUCCCGCGGUGUCUGGAGAACGAGCUGGAGGUCGUGUGGGACCCCAUGGUCAACCAGUCGGUAUACAUCACGGCCCAGUCAACAUUUGGGAAUUCGUGGUUCUACAACUACGUCUACCUCGUGUGCAUCAACUGCAUCUUUCACUUCCUGCUGCCAUUUCUGGCGCUCUCGCUGAUGAAUUAUUUCAUUCUCAAAACGCUAUGGCAACGGAAGCGCGGGAUUCUUAACCAACAGCGUGCCGUUUCGCUGGAGAACGAUUAUCGUCUGACUGCCGUUGUGUUGGCCAUGACGACCGUUUUUUUCAUUUGUCAGCUGUUCGGAGCCACCCAGCUGGUAAUUCUGCAAGCGAAUGGGAUCCAGUCUAGUAGGAUUGGUAAAUGCACUAAGCCCUGUGAGAUUUUUAAGGCCAUCGCUGAAACAGUGGUCAUAGUUAAUUCUGCCAUCAACUUCAUUCUGUUCUGUGUGUUUGGUAAUAAAUUCCGACAGAUGUUUUUGCGAUGUAUCUGUAUUUCGAAACAGAGGAACAUCAUCAGAAUGAACACGAGAGACUGAUGGGCAUCGACAGCCAAUCAAAUUGAUCUCACCAAAAGACAGCCACACCCACACAGUAUAUAAGAAGAGAAGAAUUCAGCCAAUCACGUGUUUCAACUGAUGCCCAGUUGUCAUGUCAACCAUGCAUAAUCAAUAGUUUUCAGUUCUGUCGUAAGUGGAUCUCUCCAGUGAACUAAGAGGAUGUGCCCAAGAAAGGCAUGCUUGAACCUUUGAUGGGCAAAAGCAGACGUCAAAUAUACUGAACAACAAAAGAUAUGUGAAUGUUAAUUUAGUUUUCUUUGAUUUAUUUAAAAUUAUUCAGUUUGAAUACCAUUAGGUUUUAAAAUGAUCAAUGUUGUCUCAACAUAUUUAGGCCCAUUUUGACAGUCUUAUUUACCAAAUAAAUUUUAUCAUAAAGCCACCCACCCCCCCCAUUAGGCCCA